AUGUCUGAAAUCCUUAAACCAGCAUCAUCUUUGGGUAGCAUCAUCACUUCAAUGCCAACCGCACUCUCCAUUGCGCCAAAUGCGGCCACAGAGCCUAUGGAUAUCGUUCAGGAGGGAUGGCUGCUCAAGAAGAAGCGAAAGAAACUUCAAGGCUAUGCUCGGAGAUACUUUACACUAACAUCUAAUGGAAUACUUUCCUAUUCAUUACGACAAGGAGACGAGAUCCGGGACCAACUUCAUCUCAUCAACGCCGUGUUCAGUUCUUCGCCUUCGCAGCGAUCCAUUCACGUCGAUUCUGGUAUCUCUACAUUUCAUCUUCGUGCCCUUACGGAAACGGAUUAUGAGAAAUGGAUGUCUGCACUGCGGCAGUUCAUUACCAUGCCUCGACCGAUGAGUGCCAUGGAUGGCACUUUGCGACAUUCGACAAAUUAUGCCCGGACUGUCAACUUUUCCAUUGGCCAUGCGACAAAGAUGAACGCACUACUAGAUGAUAUGGAAAAGACACUCCACGAUCUCCAAGAUGCUGCGCAAGCACUUCAUGAUCAAAGCGUUGCCUCUGUGCGCAGCAAACGUGAACAUCCAAAAGAGGGGUCGAAAGAGGCCGGGUUCCUUGGAAUAUUUGGAAAGCCAAAGGUGUCCAAGCCCAAGCCGGCGGAGGAACAUGAGGAUACUGGGUCCGUCAAGAGCUCUAACAAGCCACGGGAAUCAGAAGAGCACAUUCCGCAAUCCCUUCCUGGGAUUUUGACUGGUCUUGCGCGGCUGCAACGACAGCAUACUCAAGUCGUUGGAACGUUCAACGCGCUCCUUCAUCUGGAUAGCCUCACGAGCCCAGUGAGGGCAACCUCACCUCCUCCUGUGCAUCCAGAAUGGGUGUCGGUCCGUGUGCCGAGUCGAGCAGGGACGACAAGGAGGACCAUGUCCGUAGGAACGACGAGUGACGAGAGUGUGCAAUGGUUCGAUGCAGACGAUGGACCUGAAGAGUAUGUUCUAGAAGAACCAGAGGCAGAGAACGAGGUAGAGGACGCAAAGAUGCAGAUUGUUUCGGACAGCGAGACUGAAGAGGAUAAACCGCCACCACCGCAAUCUUCAGGGGACGAGGAAAUCGUACCAGUGAAGCCACCAAUUAAACGACGAACUCGUCUACCGGCGCCGGUCACCGGCGACGAGUUGUCGCUUUUGGGCGUCUUGCGCAAGAACGUGGGCAAGGAUCUUAGUCAGAUCACCAUGCCUAUUGGAUUCAAUGAGCCCAUUUCCAUCUUACAGCGUCUGGCCGAAGAUCUCGAGUACAGCGAGUUGCUCGACCAAGCUGUGGCCACCGACGACCCGAUCGAACGAAUGUGUCUCGUUGGCGCAUUUGCCGUGUCUGGUUAUGCGUGCACACGUCUGCGUGCUGCACGGAAGCCGUCUAACCCAAUGCUGGGCGAGACGUUUGAGGACUCGCGGUUCAACUUUAUUGCGGAAAAGGUUUCGCACAAUCCACCCGUCAUGGCAUGUCAUGCCAGUGGUUCUGGAUGGACAUAUGACGCUGUCACGCAGGCUAAGCAGAAAUUCUGGGGACGAUCGUUGGAAAUCAUCCCAAUGGGAACAACGCGGCUAAAGAUUCUCGAUGACGUCUAUUCAUGGCAGAAGCCGUCAUCGUUUAUGCGCAACAUUGUCGCAGGUACAAAAUACCUCGAGCAUGUUGGACCGAUGAAGAUUAUCAACGAGACUACGGGUGCCCGCUGCGAGAUUGAGUUUAAAGAGAGCGGAAUGUGGGGGUCGGCAAACGUCGUCAACGCAGCUGUUUAUUUGAAACCACACUCGACGCAUGUCGAUGCCAAACUCGAAGGCAAAUGGCAUGAAUCGCUCGCGCGUAUCAUGUCGCGCAACCACUUUGAAGUCGUCUGGCGCGCACACGAUCUCCCACCGUACGCGCCAGAGUAUUACGGGUUUACGUAUUUCGCCAUGACGCUCAACGAGCUCACGGACGAUUUAAAGGUGUUGGACGCAGAGGGCAUAUGGGAUGGUCAAACAUAUGUCCUGCCCGUGACGGAUUCUCGAUUCCGGCCCGAUCAAAGGGCACUGGAAGAGGGUAGAUUGGAUGAAGCGGAUGAUUUGAAGAUCAAGGUAGAAGAGAUGCAGCGUGCGCGACGUAGGACUGGUAACGAGGUCCAGCCUCGAUGGUUUCGCAAAGUCGGCGAAGAAGAUACCGCAUGGGAAUAUGCGGGUGGAUAUUGGGAGAUGCGGGAAGAAGGAUGGGGCAAGCAAGAGGCGUUGUGGUGA